CCAGGCUGAGCUCUGGAGGCCACACGAUUGCCUUUUGCAGCCGUCAAUUGCGAGGACGCCAACCCAACCGGUUCAGCACUGCAGCGCCCGCUAGUUAGCGCUCAGCGGCCUGCGAUGCCGUUCUAUUAUUUCUCUUUUCCUUCCUUUCUCUUCUUGACCUCGUUUCCUCCUUAAAGCACUGUCUCGCCAGAUCCGACCGGCACCAGCAUGUCCACCACCAUUUCCGGCCACUGAUCUGAUCGAGCGGGGUAAUCAUCCUUCUUCUUCCUUCUCUCGUCCUAUAUCAAGCAUACAGGAAAGAAAGAAGCAGAAAGAAACAAACGAAAGAGAAACAAAAAAAAAGAGAGAGUAGAGAAACACCAUGGAUAUGAUGAAAUCUCCCGCCCGCCGCACCUCCAACACUUCCAGCCGCGAUGCCGCCGGCAAGAAACGAGAAUCGCGCGCUGGAACUCGCAAAGUGACCUCGCUGACCGCCGAGCAACUGGAGCGCAAGCGCGCCAACGACCGUGAGGCCCAGCGCACCAUCCGAGCCCGUACCAAGGAGCAUAUCGAGAACCUCGAGCACCAGGUCGCCGAGCUCAGCGCCAAGGGUGAGCAGGUCGACCGCGUGCUGCAGCGCAAUGCUGCCCUGGAAGCUGAGAUUGCGCAUCUGCGACAGCAGCUGGCCAUGAUGACAGGCGAUGAUGAACGAAGAUCCUCAACCAGCUCCAACCCGCCCAGUGUCAUUUCGUCACCGUUCAACAGCCCGCCGGGGGCCGACUCGCUUUCCUCCGCCUCCUCCAUCCCAUCUGUUUCCAACCGCAUGUCUCUGCCUCACAGCGGCUGGCAUUCGUACGGCCAACCGCCGGCUGCCGCCUCCAUGAGCGCCUCCGACCAGACUGGCCAUGUCACAGCGUACGCGAUGGGCUACACCUUACCCCAUUCCUCGGCCUACUCCAACUCAGAUUCAUACCCCAGCCAAAUAUACCAGUCGCGAACCGUGGGCCCACCGCAGGGACAGCCGCACAUGGCUAUGGGCUACGAACCCGGCAAUGUGGCGCCUCCACCUGCACAGUAUCCGAUGCCGUCGCAACACCACCAUCACCACCCGUCCCAUCCCUACGCGCAUCCUCCCGCAAGCUCGCAGAUCCAUUUCCAGUGGGACUCGCGGGGCUGAUUCCAUGCUGCCAGUCAACCUCUAUUCAUCCCACCAGCGAGUAAGUGAGUUGAGUGUGUGGGCCAUCGCCGUCGAUCAUGCUGCUAGCCUGACUCGCGAUGCCCCCUGAAGAAGCCUCAUCCAACGAGUCAUCCGAUCUCGUCUCCACUGAACCGCAAUCAUCAUCAUUGCGUUAUCGCAUAACGCCGGGCUGUGCCCAACACCUUUUAAUAAUGUGUCGAGACUGUUACAACGGUCUGUGGAGCUAAAAAUGGUAUUUGGAAUGGAAUACACAUGUAUAUAUGAUGAAUUUGAUGAAUGUUAUUUACUCUAUAGAUAUGAAACCCCGAACAUAAUAUAGAUUCGUUCAUGUCAUGGACAAAGCAGAAUAAAAAUAAUGAAAUAAAGGCAUAACCUAUUUAGUG